CACGUCCGAAUGUCUUUAUGGCACGCUCUGCACGUCCUGAUGCGCGCCAAUCUAACAUCGUGAACCUCAACAUCGAUAUUGAACCUACAAGCCGGGCUGGUGGCCGGCGGCGGGCAGCGUCGCGCCGCGCACACCUUGAGGCACCAUGCCGGACGAGGAAAAGAAGGAGAAGAAGCGCAAGGAGUCGAAGCACAAGACGAACAAGUUCGUCGCCGUCUGGCAGGACCGCGAGAUCCGCUUCGACACGCCCACGGCGCACCUCCAGAACCGCAAGGGCGAGGCCGUCAUCGACAGCAUCAACAGCGUCGAGGACACGAAGGGGAACAACGGCGAGCGCGGGAGCCUCGUCGUGACGAACCUGCGGAUCAUGUGGAUCUCGCACAAGAACUCGCGGACGAACCUGUCCAUCGGCUUCAACACCGUCGUGUCGAUCAACAUCCGCAAGGCGAAGAGCAAGCUGCGCGGCGCGACGCAGGCGCUCUACAUCAUGACGAAGUUCGGCGGGAGCCGCUUCGAGUUCAUCUUCACGUCCCUCGUCCAGCACAGCCCGCGCCUCUUCACGACCGUGCAGGCCGUGCUGCGCGCGUACGAGACGACGAAGCUCUACCGCGACCUCAAGCUCCGGGGCUCCAUCGUGCGCGACGGCCACCUCGUGCUCCUCCCCGAGGAGUCGAUCUACUCCCAGCUCAAGGGCGUCUGGAACCUGAGCUCGGAGCAGGGCAAUUUGGGCACGUUCUUCGUGACGAACGUGCGCCUCGUCUGGCACGCGAACCUCGCGCAGAACUUCAACGUGUCCAUCCCCUACAUGCAGAUGCAGGACGUGCGCGUGCGGUCGUCGAAAUUCGGGCCCGCGCUCGUCGUCGAGACGAGCCAGCACUCCGGCGGCUACAUCCUGGGGUUCCGCGUGGACCCCGCGGAGCGGCUCGACAGCGUUUUGAAGGAGAUCACGUCGCUCCACGCGGUCUUCGCCGUGAACCCCAUCUUCGGCGUGUCCCACGAGUCGGAGACGAAGCCCAAGCAGCUCGACGACGUGCUCCAGCGCCACAUCGAGGACGACGUCGAGAUCGUCGAGGGCGAGGACGGCGGCGGCGGCGCGACGCACGACGGCGUCGUCGCCGCGUACUACGCGGAGCCGGGCAAGAAGGCGGACCGGGAGGUCGUCUUCGACGAGCACCUCGGCCUCGCCGUCGAGGCCAUGCCCCCGGGCGUCACGACGAAGAGCCUCUGGGAGAUCCCCUUCUAG